AUAUAUAUAUAUAUAUAUAUAUCACACACACAUAGUUAAAAGGAGAAGUGGGUUAAGGGUUAAGAGUUAUGGCUAGGUACAUCUACACAUGUCCGGCAAGUGGAUGUAGGCGGGUCCUAAGGCCCAUUCUCCAGCUGCCAAUCUACUAUGAGACCCCGGGGCGCACAACACUAGCACGUCUCCCACCAGGUCUACAAAACCUCCUCAGCUCCUGUUCGGAUCAGUGUUGCGUAGAAGUGGUUAAUGUAAGGGACCCAUUUGAGUACGGGGACGGGCGCAAGGAUUAUGGCUUCGUUAGAGUAAUCCUCCGACAGCUAGCGGGGGACGGCCAUGGGGUGCGGCAGAAUCAGUUCCUCCACGCUUAAUUAAGGUAUUGUAUGAGGCUUCAUAGCCUCAGAGGGGGAAAUGUUGUGGAUAAAAAAUGUCAUAAAAUAAACAUAAGGGAGGUCCAGAUCCAGGUCCAGUAACGGAGAGAGAAGGGACUGACGACGGGCACCGGCACCUAGACAUACAGAAGCGGUUUUAGUCAGAGGUGGAUAGAGUGGUGAAACACUUUAAAGAUCUUUAUGGGUUGUUAGUCAAAAAGUCGAAAGAAGUGUACGAGCUGAGGAGUGCUAAACACACACACACACACACACACACACACACACUCGUACAGUCAAGGGCGGGCAAGUAGACACAACACACACACACUCUCUCGUUCACAUACACAUACAUGAAUAACUUUAAUAAUAUCUUAUAGUAAUAGAGAAACUCUAUAAAAAAAAAAACAGAAUAGUAGGAUAUGCAGGACAGUAAAACUGUAAUGAUAUUAAGAAGUUGGAAGUACAGUAAACCGUUUUUCAAGUAGUAUAAAAAUAUAUAAAAUAAGAAAUAUAGUGCAAAUAUGAAAAUGAAUUAUAAACGAGAAAUACAGGAAAAAUAUAACUUACUCAUGAUUCAGAUGAUGAAGAUUCUCGUCUCGCAAGGAAAGCCUUAAUUUUUAGAGAACCAUGAAGAGAGCCAGUUAUAAGGGUGGGUCAAACUGCCCCCCCCCCCCCCCGAGAUAACGAUAAGACCAAGGUCCCUCCCGGUUGUUUAGUCGUCUUGUCUACGUCAUUUUAUUUCCCUAGGUAAUUGAGAAUCCUGUUUUUUGAUUCUCUGGGUAAUUCAAAACUCUGGGUUUUUAUUUUCUGGGUUAUUAGAAAUGCCUGGGUUCUGAUUCUAUGUGUAAGUGAAAUAGGCCUUUUCUGGAAACAUAUGGGUUAUCUAGUGUGUAAAUACAGUAUAAAUACUGGAGCUUAAGCUCAGGGUAGGGGGAUCACUUCUGAGAAUUCUCAUCGGUGUGGAUCUCGUGUGGUGGAAUGGAACAAUAAAGCUGGACCCUUGCUUCUUCUCACUCAUGGCUGGUGUAUUUUUUCUAUCUCCAACUGGGCUCAGAGGUAGAUGUGAGUAUUGGCUUCUAAGUUGAGUUUUAAAUGUUUUUGGGUAAUAGGCUAAAUUUGAGCCAACAACUGUAAGAUUUGUCUCAAACAUUCCAAAAUGUGGAAGACCUGAAAGGCUCUGAAAACCUUCCCUAUGCGCUGUAUAAUUAACAUCUACCCCUUGUACAUUAAGGAAACCCAAGCCAUGAACAAAUAUGUUGAGGAGGCUCUGAAACAUGGGUACAUUUGCCCCUCAACAUCACCUGCAUUAGCCAACUUAUUCUUUGUCUAAAAGAAAGAGGAUGGAUUAUGGCUAUGCAAAGACUAUUGAGGUUUAACAGUUACUCAAUUGGAAUGGAACACCAGUGUACUGUGAGAAAGAGGUAAUGUUCCCACCCUGAUAGUAAAUGCUGCUUACAUUAUUCUGUAUUUCUUUAAAAGGUAAUGGAUUCUGUACACAAAAACAUUUUAGUGUCCAGUUAUAAAUGUGCAGGACAAUAAGUGAUUUAUGGCUAAUUUUGAAGAAUGGCAGUGUGUGUGGUGCUCCAUUACUCGAAUGAUAGAUCAAUUGUUUUGGAGGUGUUAACCGAGAGCCCUAUACUGUUGCAAGUUCUGGCAACUAUGGCAUCCCGUGGAGAGAAAGCCACAAGAAUAUACUUGUAUCCUUAUCAGUAUGCUUGAAACCUCCUGGUGUUGAACAGGCUCCCAUUCAUAGGGAAGCUCCUUGUGGGGAAGAUGGAUGACGCAUAAGCAUGAGAUGUUGAAGAGGACAGGAGCCAGGACAUACCGCUGUUUCGCUCAUGAGUUGACAGAAAAGAGUUACAUGACCUCCUGUGAUCAUGUGAUUUAUCAAAUUUAAACAGAACAUUCCAAAAGAACUUACUGGUAACAGUGUUGAUUGAUUUGGAGAGGUUGAUACAGUCUUUAAUGACAGUUGGUGUUGUUCCCAGCACUUUUCCUGAGGUUGCCAUACAGCAUUCUUUAUGCAAAUAUAAUGUAGCCUCUUCCUGUCGGUCUUUUACAAUUAUAGAGGUAGUUGUGAACACACACACACCCACACACACACCAGUUUUGUGUUAGAAAUGAUAAAACAGAAAAUUCACUCGUGUUAAAACCAUAAGUCAAAAAACUUAAUUUUGUGUGUGUGUGUGUGUGUGUGUGUGUGUGUGUGUGUGUUUAUUUACUCCACCUCCUGCUCUAAAAAUUAUUUUAACUAAACCAGUCGACCCAGUUCAAGUAAAAGUGAAACUGCAUUUAGUGACGAUAGUACUGUAAAAGUUUUGAGGAGAAAAAUACAUGUAAAACAUGACCUCCAAAAUGAGUGUCUCUGGGGAACAGGACACAAAGAAAGACAAGAGUCUAAUUCAGGGUAAGAAUUUUGACUCUCCUGAGCCCAGCUGUGUGUCCAUGAAGAGUGAUGAGUCAAUAGACCCACCACCAUUGUUUGGAGACAGAAAUUCUGCUACUGAAUUUAGUCUGAUUCAGGGUAAGAGAUUAGAUUCACCUGAACCCAGCAGUGUGUCUAUGAAGAGUGAUGAGUCAAUAGAUCCACCACCAUUGUUCUCAGACACAGACAGAUCUACUAAUCUGAGUGUUUUAUUUGUUCACAGACCACAAAGCAGGACAAAGAAAUCAAAAAUAAUUUGCACAGAUGAGUUGGAGGCUGUAUUUACGGAGCUGGAGCACAAAGUCGUCACUCUGUUAAGGAAUGAGCUGAAGAGAUUUAAGAAGCUCCUGAGUCCAGAUUACCCAGUAUGCUCUGAUAGGAAGGUGGAAGAUGAGGAGGAUCAGAGCAGUGUCAGAGAGGGAGUGCUGAAGAUCACACUACACUUCCUGAAUAAGAUGAACCACACAGAUCUCGCUGACACACUGCAGAACAAACUCACCUGUGGUAGUCAAAAACUCAAAUCCAGUCUGAGUAAGACAUGUAAAAGAAUUAACGAAGGAAUCUCACAGCCUGGAAGCUCAGCACUUCUGAAUGAGAUCUACACAGAGCUCUACAUCACAGAGGGUUGGAGAGGAGACGUCAAUAAUGAACAUGAGGUGAGACAGAUUGAGACAGCGUCCAGGAGACCAGCAGCACAGGAGACACCCAUCAAAUGUAAUGACCUCUUUAAAGACAAGUCCAUCAGAAGAGUGCUGACUAAAGGAAUUGCUGGAAUUGGAAAAACAGUCUCUGUGCAGAAGUUCAUUCUGGACUGGGCUGAAGGAAAAGCAAAUCAGGACAUCAUCUUCAUGUUUCCACUUCCCUUUAGAGAGCUGAAUCUGAUGAAGCAGAAAAAUCUCAGUCUGAUGGAUCUCCUUCAUCACUUUUUCCCAGAAAUAAAAGAAUUACGAUUAAUAGACUAUGAGAUCAACAAAGUCCUGUUCAUCUUUGAUGGUCUGGAUGAGUGUCGACUUCCUCUAAAUUUCCAGAAGAAUGAGAGAUUGUGUGAUGUAACAGAGUCAGCCUCAGUGAAUGUGCUGCUGACAAACCUCAUCAAGGGCAAUCUGCUUCCCUCUGCUCUCCUCUGGAUAACCUCUCGACCAGGAGCAGCCAAUCAGAUCCCUCCUGAGUGUGUAGACCUGGUAACAGAGGUACGAGGGUUCAGUGAUCCUCAGAAAGAGGAGUAUUUCAGGAAGAGGAUCAGGUAUCAGAGCUUGUCCAAUCAAGUCAUCACGCACAUGAAGUCUUCAAGAAGCCUGUACAUCAUGUGCCACAUCCCAGUCUUCUGCUGGAUCUCAGCCACUGUUCUAGAGAGAAUGUUGGGUGACGCAGAGAGUGGAGAGAUCCCCAAGUCUCUGACUCAAAUGUUCACACACUUCCUAAUCAUUCAGAUCAAACACAAGGACCAAAAGUACCAUCAGAAAUGUGACCCUGAUCCUCAGCAGACCAGAGAGAGUAUCCUGGCACUGGGAAAACUGGCUUUCCAACAGCUGGAGAAGGGAAACCUGAUCUUCUAUGAGGAAGACCUAAGAGAGUGUGGUAUUGAUGUCAGAGAAGUUUCCGUGUACUCAGGAGUGUGUACCCAAAUCUUCAGAGAGGAGUUUGGGAUUCAUCUGGGGAAGGUGUUCAGCUUUGUACAUCUGAGUGUUCAGGAGUUUCUGGCUGCUUUAUACACAUUUCUCUCCUUCAUCAGCAGAAAUCUAACAGAACACCAAUCCACUGAUCUGUCUGAUCUUUUCACCAAGUCAAACAUGUCUGAUUUCCUGAAGAGUGCAGUGAACAAGGCCUUAAAGAGUGAGAAUGGACACCUGGACCUGUUCCUCCGCUUCCUUCUGGGUCUCUCCCUGGAGUCCAGUCAGCCUCUCUUACGAGACCUACUGCCCCAGACAGGAAGCAGCUCGCACAACAAACAGGAAACAGUUGAGUACAUUAAGGAGAAGAUCAGAGAGAAUCCAUCUCCAGAGAAAUCCAUCAAUCUGUUCCACUGUCUGAAUGAACUGAAUGAUCAUUCUCUAGAGCAGGAAGUCCAACAUUACCUGAACAGAAGAGAUGACUGGUGUCUUAAUGGAAUCCGUAUCUCUCCUGCUCAGUGGUCAGCUCUUGUGUUUGUGUUGCUGAACUCAGAAGAGACUCUGGAUGAGUUUGACUUGAGGAAAUAUGACAGAUCAGAUGAAUGUCUUCUGAGGUUGAUACCAGUCAUGAAAGCAUCAAGAAAGGCAAACCUGUCUCAGUGUAUAGUCACAGAGGAAAUCUGUAGAGUUCUGUCCUCAGUUCUCGGUUCAUCCUCCUCUAGUCUGAGAGAACUGGACCUUAGUCGCAAUUAUGAACUGCAGGAUUCAGGCGUGAAGCUGCUCUCUGCUGGACUGGAGAAUCCACACUGUACACUGGAGAUACUGAAUCUGCGUGAGUGUAUGCUCACAGAGGAAAGCUGUAAAGUUCUGUCCUCAGUUCUCAGCUCAAACUCCUCCAGACUGAGAGAACUGGACCUGAGUUAUAAUAAAUUGCGGAAUUCAGGAGUGAAACUGCUCUCUGCAGGACUGCAGAAUCCACACUGUACACUGGAGAAACUGAGUUUGGUAGGCUGCAGUAUUACAGGUGAAGGCUUUGUUGCUCUGGAUUCAGCUCUGAGGUCAAACCCCUUAUCACACCUGCGAGAACUUGAUGUGUACUGGAAUGAACCAGGAGAAUCAGGAAUUAAGCUGCUCUCUGAUCUACUGAAGGAUCCACACUGUAAACUGGAGAAACUACAGUUGGAACAGUUUUUUUGUCUUAGACGCAGACGAUUAUGAGGAUAAACACAAUGCAGUGCAAAGUGUUUUAAAGAACAACUGAAACUUUAAUGUUUUACUUUUCUCAUUUACUGAUAAUGAAGUUUUUUCUUUUAUAUUGUUUUAUUCUGGUAUAUCAGAUGGUGCAUGUAAGAAUGCACCUGUCAGAGCUUUAUUUUUCACCCCUGUUUCAUGUUUACAAACAAUCAGAGAUGUAAACCUAUAAAGUAAACUUACAUCUGUGUAAUCUAAUAUCAUGUAGCUACAAUAUAUAAACUGAACAGUAAUGAAUCUUUUCUUUUUAACAGCAAAACAGAACCUUAUUGUACAUAUCAUGUGCCUUUUAAUUUAGAUUUGUCUCCGUACAAAGCUUUACAAUGGGUUUUAACUGAAGAAGUGUACCAAUAGAUUAAGUUGUAUAUAAUUAUAAUUUCCUACUGGUGCUGAUACAGAUGUAUAAUUUGGGUAAUUUUCUUUUGUAAAUAAUUAUGCUUAAAUGAUUCACAUAUUAAUGCAUAUUGAAUUAUCAAUUAAAAUAAAUUCUAUUUAAAAAUUCAGGCAACCUG